AUGAUCCGUGACUUCGAUAGAAUUUUAACAUCAAAUAGAACGUCCUAUCAGAUAGACUCCGGUAACGUGAUCUUCACACAUCAUUACAAGAGCAAUCCCGAAGUGACGGCUGUAGUGGUCUAUGUUCGCAAAGUAAUUUACUUGCAAGUCUUAGAGGUUGCUCAUAUCAUAAAUUUGCCAUCGCUGAUUAUAAACAGUGAGUAUGACAUUCAAGACCCUCCUUCCUCUUUAAAGCUAAUUUUUGUCACCUGUGUUUUAUUGUUGGUGAUGUAUACUUGUCAACAGAUGCGCAGAAAAAUCCACCAUGAACAGAGACAUUUUAACAAAACUAAUGAUUCGAGGACAAGAGAGGGAAAUGUGCCUGAAAAAUCCUUGCAUACAGCAGAAGAAGAAGAGAUAAAAAAGAGGCGGGUUCGUAAAAAGAAGCCGCGAAAACAAAAUCAUGAAAAUGGUGAAGUGUUAAAAGACACAAGUAAAGAAAGAGAGAGAACCCCCGAGAACUGUGUUGAUGAUGAAACUCCUUUCGUCAAAAGGCAAAACAAAACACCCCGAAGAGACAAGGAAGAUUUGGAGAGGAGACCUUCGGGACGUGACUAUGGUUGUGAAAUUCCUGACUUAUUUACUCCAGUGGAACAAGCAAAGUGCGGUAGAAGGCGUAAGAAAACCCCGCAAAGAGGAGGUCCCGAGCUAGAGAGCGCUUGCAAGCGAGGUGCUAAUGACUCUGAAAUUCCCCAAGCUUCUCGACCUGCUGAGCGUGACAAGAAGUAUGUUAAAAGACGUAACAAGUUUGUCGUAAGUGAUGGUGCUGAUCAAGAUGGUGGUGUCGUGAAACACACUGAAAAGAAGAAGGAAGAUACCGCUUCUAAGAAAGCCGUGGAGCAAGAUAAAGACGUCAGAAGGCGUAACAAACAUUUUAACUCAAAACAUGUUGAUGAGAGCAGGAAGGAUUCUGAAAAAUCCAGGGUGGUCGAUGGGGUAAGAGAUAUUGAUAAUCCCAGUGAUAAAAUUGUUUCUAAGGAUAAGAGGGAACGUGGAGUAAAUGGUGAUACGACCCAGGUUGAAGAGGAGAAAUAUGUUAAAAAGCACAACGGUGUUGUUACUCAAAAAAGGGCUUCUGACAAUCUAGAAAACGUAGACGCUGUGAAAGAAAUUCGUGAGGUCAAGAGCUCGGUGAAAUUAUUUUCGUCGAAGCUUUUUGAAAACGCCAUUGGUUCGGUCUGCGUAGUCCAUGACAAAACUACCAGAAGAGGGAAGAAGUUGCCGGGAAAUACGCAUAGACUACUUCAGGCUCACGACAGAGAGGAUUUCGUUGAGAAAGUCUUAAUUAAACACGCUGCGAAAGAAACUGAGCACUUGGAUGAGGUGCAGAAGCAGACAUUACUCGAUAGCGAGGCAAACAGGGUGUGGACGGGGAAUGUAUGCAGAGGUGAGAAUUCUGAGGAUUUUGAAAAGAGAAGCCGAGACGACGGUCGAUUGGGCAGUGGCGGUUCAUCUAUUGGAGCGAGACGAUGGAGGUCUGAUCGGCAUAGGACGACAAAUGGAAAAGAAAAUAACGGACCAUACAACGGAGGAAGAAGAGGAACCGGAAACACUCUGAAAGAUGAUCCAGAAAGAAAUUUGGACGUUUACCCAGCAAGGCGACAUAGCGGUCACGUUUUCGGCAGAAAAGAAGAACGCUUCUCAGAAGAUCACGGCCUUCAAGCGAUGGAUCCAAGUGGGGAUAACAGAGAAUUCGAACAAGGCGCCGUUUUUGGGGACAAAUCUGAUACUCAGCCGGAAACGCAGAUAAAAAUCUUCUCGCAAACAGAAAAAGGGGUGGAAUCGCCGAUGAGACGGGUCCAAUUUGGUUCCUCAUCGAGUCGGCAAGACCUGCGGAUCACCUCUGAAAGGCAUUUCGUGAUCGAUCCCGAGGUACGAGGUAGAAUUGCCCAUCCAAAAUAUCCAGUGCGUGUGCCAGACAGACCGCUGGACAACUUAGACCUGAACGAUCCCAGCCGACGAGAUUAUCUGAAUUACACUCCAGGGCGGAACGUGUCUCGAGUAAACGGAUUAUUCGGUCGCAAAUGGGAGGAAAUGAUGGAUAGAAGACAGGAAAAGGAGUUCGCUGAACAAGAUCGCAAUUUCGAGAAUGAAUCAGUUGUUUUCAUUCGCGACUGUCCUACUUUUAUGAUCUGGGGAACAUGCCACCGCGGGGAACGAUGCGAGCUCCGCCAUCCGUCCUACAGGUAUCUAGAGCGCGCGGCGCCGAGUCCUGCUGCAAAACCUGAGCCGGUACAGGUAGAACCCAAGCCGCAAAACUCCAGAUCUUACGCCGCCAUCCUGGAGAAGACUAAGUCUCCCGCAAACGCUGAUUUCGUCAACAUUGCUCUUUCUAAAGAAGGUUCGAGCGAGGGAAACUUCGAGGACGAAUGGCCGGCGCUCGGCUCCCCAGGGAAUGGGGAGGCUUCCAAAUCACGGAAGUUCAAGAGUACCGUUCAAAAUGAACUGAAAGUGCAGGAGCUUAAGAUUGUGUGUCACACGGAACCAGCUGUUGAAGGGUCCAUGAGUGGUCAAGCACAGAUUGCCAGUGACCAGCUCAUUGCUGAAACGUUACAGGUAGACGAGUACGCUGAGUUUAACGAUUUUAACGAUGACGAUUAUUUGUAUCCAGCUAAUCAAGAUCAGGAACUAAACGAGCAGGGCUAUUAUAACGAGCAAGUUGAAUACACUCUUGAAGAUGACGAGAAUUCGUUUGACACUAGCGAAGUGGGAGGUAAAGCCGUCCAUGUUGAACGGUUUAACUCUUUCAACUUUAGCCCGUUUAUUAAAGAGAGCACUUCAGAUCGCGGUGAGGAGCCGGAAAAGGUGGAAGUCUCUACCACAUGCGAUAUCUGCAUGGACAGGCCUAAAGACGCCGCGUUGAUUUGCGGUCAUAGGUUCUGCUACCAGUGCGCAUUGCAGAUGCGUGCCGACGAACGUGUUUGCGCAAUUUGCCGACGUUGCAUUGUGUCUGUUAUAAAAACGUUCAACUGAGCUCGGAACGCGUUUUUGACCAACUGAGCCACCGUUCUUUCUGCACAAUUGGUAAAAGACAGCGCUUAAGACAUGCUCGUAUCCACUGAACGCACGACCGUUAGGACUCAUGAAAAUUUUGCAACUUUACUUGACUUAACCUACAAAUGCUCAUAAAAAUAUUGUUUGGAGAGGAAAAGCUACAGGAGAAAACUUCAAACGGAGGCAAACAAACAUACAAAUAGUAUAUUUUAUUAACAUUUUCAGAUUUUACAAUAUAUUGGA